UCUUACUAUAACUCUAUCCUACACUCUUACUAUAACUCUAUCCUACACUCUUACUAUAACUCUGUCCUACACUCUUACUAUAACUCUAUCCUACACUCUUACUAUAACUCUAUCCUACACUCUUACUAUAACUCUAUCCUACACUCUUACUAUAACUCUGUCCUACACUCUUACUAUAACUCUAUCCUACACUCUUACUGUAACUCUAUCCUACACUCUUACUGUAACUCUAUCCUACACUCUUACUAUAACUCUAUCCUACACUCUUACUAUAACUCUGUCCUACACUCUUACUAUAACUCUAUCCUAAAGUUCGGUCCUACACUCCUACUCUAAUUCUAUCCCAGAGUUCUGCCUCACACUCCUACCUUCACUCU